AUGGCGUUUGAUAAAACAAUAGCCGCUUUGUUUUCAAAAAAGAAAACUCGAAAGAGAAAGAAGAAUAACUCAAGACCAUCUUCUCGUGCGUCUGCGACAUACAGUUUAGAAGAUCGAUCAAGUGAUGCAAGUUGCAGCGAUAUAUCACAAGAUGAUAUUGAAGUAACUCCAGUGGUAAUUGUGGAUGAAAAUGCAUCGCAAGCAGACUUCGCUACAGAUGCAAGUGAAGAUAACUCCGUUAACGCCUUCUCAGAAGACUCACAAGUGUUAGUUCGAAACAGGCUAAUCCGGAAUGUUGAUUAUGUGGACGGGCAAGACUUAGAUGCAGAAAAUGAGUUAAUUGAUGAUGGUCAUGAUGACGAUGAUUAUGCUGUCAAAUAUAAGCAUAAUGAUGACAGUGAGAGCGAAGAUAAUGAUGAUGUCUCGGUGACCCAAUUAUAUAUGGGCUCUUCAAGAUAUUUUCUCAAAACCAACGCAAGAUAUGCAAACGAGAGCAAGGAGAGAGAUAGGGAAGAUAAGGAAGCCACCGCAGAAAUGAAGAAAUUUUCAUUGAUGACGAAAUUGAAGAAUAGGAUGAAGAAACUUAGUAAUGAAGAGAAAGUAAAACAAAAGAAGGAAAAAGGUUGGGUACAGAGAGAAAUGAGAGAGGCUGAGAAGAUCAAAAAGGAAAGAAGAGCUGUGUUGAAACGUUUGAAUAAAAGAGACGAAAAAGAGCGAAAGGAACAAGAGAGACUGAGAAAUCUGAACAGAUCUUCAUGCAGCCGUAAUCAAGUUAUAUCCACUCACUCUACUUCUUCAAGUAUUCGUGAAGUUUACAGUCCAGUUAAAAUCUUCUCCAUUCCAAGAUGGAGACUACGUCACGUUUCACCGCUCAUUGGUGUUGUUCAAUCCAUGAUCACAGAGGAGCAGUGUCAAGGGCUCCUUCCAGAACAGUGCUUUCCGCCACCACCAAAACCAGAACCAAAAUGGGUGCCACCAAAAAGAACGCCGCAGCCGACUCCCACUCCUCCACCGACACCACCACCAAUAUCUCCUGGUUUACCAUCCAGUGUGACAUCCUCUUGGAUUGAUUUUAAUACAUUAAGACCUGAUACAAGAUCGAGAGAACUAAAGGCCGCUGCUAAACGGAGGCUUUAUGGAUUUGACAUCUACGGGAAUUCUCUUUGGGUAGAUCCUCUUCCUGAAGGUAUUGAAUAUUGCUACAUUGAAAACGGGAUUGAUGGUCCUGAAAUUAUACGCAGACUUUCACAAUACCGCUCAGAUUGUGAUUAUAGAGAUCGAUUGGAAGAAGAGAAGAAAAGAGCAGAAGAGAAUCCUCCUGAAAAUCCGGAUGAUCUUAUCGAAUAUAACCGGGAGACUGCUGAAAGGUAUAUGCGGGAUGCAUGUGAAGGGAAAGUUAAGGAAGAAUACGAAGAAGAUAAGAAAAGAAAAAAUAUGGAGUUUAGGAUAAGAAGAAGAAUUGCAGAAGGAAGCUAUCCCAAUGCAUCUGUAAAUGAGGAAGACUUACCCAGUUUGUUAAGGUAUGUGUGGAAAGGUAAAUUAAAGAAAGUAGAAAAAUAUUUAGCUGACAAACAUAAUCAUGAUAAAAUCAACAAACGAGAUCACAGAGGAAGCUUAACUACUCACAACUAUGAUAGCACUUUUUUCCUUUCUGACUAUCUCAGACGAUCAGCACUGCAUUACGCAGCUUCAUGGGGUUGUUGCAGAAUAAUGAAGAUGUUGCUGGAAGUACCAGGCAUAAGUUUGAAUCGAAGAGACGAAGAUGGAAAAACACCUCUGUAUAAGGUAUUGAAUUAA